AUGGAGCCCACCACUACUGCCCCCGACCAUCCUAAACCUCCAUUGACACCCGGUAAGCUUGAAGCAAAAUUAGACAGCGAUCCGAUGCCGGAAUUUAAACGAAAGUUGAAAGAGGAAAAGAAAUCGGAGGAGGAGGACUCUUCGAAUUCAGGUGGCUUCGCGAGAGGACUCCAACCAGAGUGCAUCAUCGGCGCAAUCGAGUCCAGCGGAGAGCUUAUGUUCUUGAUGAAAUGGAAAGGCCGCAAUGAGGUAAAUUUGGUCUCAGCACGGCAAGCAAAUAUUAAAUUCCCCCAGAUUGUAAUCAGAUUCUACGAGGAGAGAAUAACCUGGCUCACAAAGGAUGAAGACGAAAUCGAGGUCGGUAGUGAUGAUGAGUUUGACGAGGAAGACGAACUUCCUUGGAGUCACUUCAUCACAACACCCAAGUCGCAGGCUUCAGCGGAUUCUACGGAGCAACCGCAGCUGCCAAUGUCUCGUGCAGUUGAUCCAAUCGCGAAGGAUCCAUCUGCGAGUGACCUUGAGGCUCAGGAGCCUGAUGACGCAAUCAUCUACACCCUGGCGGAGGCGGAGAGUACAGCCACAAGCCUUGACAUGGAAGAAGAUUUAUUGCAGAAUACGGACGAUAUCCUUCAGCGCGAUGACUUCAUUGCUAAACCUGAGCGCGGUUAA